AUGUGGAUUUCAAGGACACUAAGACAGGGACAUGAGGAGGUUGUCAAGCUUCUUAUCCAGACUGGAAAGGUGGAUGUGGAGUGCAAGGACACUGAGUAUGGUCAAACACCUCUAUCAUGGGCUGCAGGACAGGGACAUGAGAAGGUUGUCAAGCUUCUUAUCCAGACUGGAAAGGUGGAUGUGGAGUGCAAGGACACUGAGUAUGGUCGAACACCUCUAUCAUGGGCUGCAGGACAGGGACAUGAGAAGGUUGUCAAGCUUCUUAUCCAGACUGGAAAGGUGGAUGUGGAGUGCAAGGACACUGAGUAUGGUCGAACACCUCUAUCAUGGGCUGCAGGACAGGGACAUGAGAAGGUUGUCAAGCUUCUUAUCCAGACUGGAAAGGUGGAUGUGGAGUGCAAGGACACUGAGUAUGGUCGAACACCUCUAUCAUGGGCUGCAGGACAGGGACAUGAGAAGGUUGUCAAGCUUCUUAUCCAGACUGGAAAGGUGGAUGUGGAGUGCAAGGACACUGAGUAUGGUCGAACACCUCUAUCAUGGGCUGCAGGACGGGGACAUGAGAAGGUUGUCAAGCUUCUUAUCCAGACCGGAAAGGUGGAUGUGGAGUGCAAGGACACUAAGUAUGGUCAAACACCUCUAUUAUGGGCUGCACAAUGGGGACGCGAGGAGGUUGUCAAGCUUCUUAUUAAGACUGGAAAGGUGGAUGUGGAUUCUAAGUCUCAGUCUGGUCAAACACCUCUAUCAUGGGCUGCAGGACAGGGACGCGAGGAGGUUGUCAAGCUUCUUAUCCAGACCGGAAAGGUGGAUGUGGAUUCCAAGGACACUAAGUAUGGUCGAACACCUCUAUCAUGGGCUGCAGGACAGGGACAUGAGGAGGUUGUCAAGCUUCUUAUCCAGACUGGAAAGGUGGAUGUGGAGUGCAAGGACACUGAGUAUGGUCAAACACCUCUAUCAUGGGCUGCAGGACAGGGACAUGAGAAGGUUGUCAAGCUUCUUAUCCAGACCGGAAAGGUGGAUGUGGAGUGCAAGGACACUAAGUAUGGUCAAACACCUCUAUUAUGGGCUGCACAAUGGGGACGCGAGGAGGUUGUCAAGCUUCUUAUUAAGACUGGAAAGGUGGAUGUGGAUUCUAAGUCUCAGUCUGGUCAAACACCUCUAUCAUGGGCUGCAGGACAGGGACGCGAGGAGGUUGUCAAGCUUCUUAUCCAGACCGGAAAGGUGGAUGUGGAUUCCAAGGACACUAAGUAUGGUCGAACACCUCUAUCAUGGGCUGCAGGACAGGGACAUGAGGAGGUUGUCAAGCUUCUUAUCCAGACUGGAAAGGUGGAUGUGGAGUGCAAGGACACUGAGUAUGGUCAAACACCUCUAUCAUGGGCUGCAGGACAGGGACAUGAGAAGGUUGUCAAGCUUCUUAUCCAGACCGGAAAGGUGGAUGUGGAGUGCAAGGACACUAAGUAUGGUCAAACACCUCUAUUAUGGGCUGCAGAACAGGGACGCGAGGAGGUUGUCAAGCUUCUUAUUCGGACCGGAGAGGUGGAUGUGGAUUCCAAGUCUCAGUUUGGUCGAACACCUCUAUCAUGGGCUGCAGAACAGGGACAUGAGGAGGUUGUCAAGCUUCUUAUUCAGACCGGAAAGGUGGAUGUGGAUUCCAAGUCUCAGUCUGGUCGAACACCUCUAUCAUGGGCUGCAGGACAGGGACAUGAGGAGGUUGUCAAGCUGCUUCAUCAGGCUGGAGGCAGAGUCACUUAG